AUGCGUUUCUUGAAAUUUUUGCUUUUUGCAUUAGUUGCGGCAUCGAACGCUUUCAUGAAUCCGAAUAGCAUCGAGCAAUUCUAUAAUAGAGGCUUGGAGCAAUCUUCUAAAAGUACUCUCCUUGAGAAGUCGGAUGCAGGUUCAGCAUGUCGUGAUCAUUGCGAAAGUGGGUGGACUUACUUCGACAAGACCGGAGCUUGCUAUAAGACUCUCUUUGGCGAGUAUUUCUACCGUGCCGAAUACAUGUGUAACAUGUUUGGAGGUCAUCUGACUUCAAUUCAUAGUUUUGAAGAAAAUUUAUUCGUGGCCGAGUUGGCGACGAUGAAUAGGAAGUGGACUGACGCGCACGAUCUGACUUGGAUAGGCUUACGGUAUGUAACAAAUACCGGGAACUGGACCUGGUUUGACGGCACAGAAGUUGACUUUCUGAAUUGGGGUCCUGAUUGUCCUAACAACCAUGGUGGCUGCGUCCUGCUGUGGAGUGAUCCUCAUCAAGACAUCUACUUUGCUAAGGUGUAUCAAAAGUGGAUUGAUUAUCCUUGUGAUCAGAUAUUGAGAGCGUAUGUAUGCAAGAAAAUGGCUUCGCAUUGAAGCAAAACUGUUCCAAGUCUGUUUGUUGGGUUAGAUGGCUUAUGGUGGACAGAAGAAUAAAUUUUGAUGUGUU